GCGGCGUGGAACAUAUUGCAGCUACCAUAAGCAGAGAACAUCUGAGAAAUACUCCAGUACAACAAGGGCUGAACUCAAAGGGGGGAACCUACGAACAGGUUUCAGAGAUCAUCUCAAGUCAGAAGGAAUUUACAUGGUUAACCCUUUAGCUGACAAGACAAACUUUACAAAGUCUGCAGCACCGUUGAAAUUACUGUCUGUAGAUGGUUUGAAAAAGGCAUUAAGCAAUGCAGGGAAAGUGACCACCAAUAUACAUUCUCAAGGAAUAAGGUUUCUUAGUCAAAUGACCGGAAAAUUGAACUCAAAUAAUACCAAAGAAUCUAUUACUGACCGAGAUCAAACAAGAAAUAGGACAAACGAAAGGUCAUCUUCCACCAAGAGAAAGAAUCUAAGUGAAAUCAGAUCAAGUCAUAGUUUUGAGCACAAGAAACCAAAAGUGGGGCAGCAGCAGCAGCAGAAUAAUUCAGGACAAAAACCUGUGCAGGUUAAAGAAAAAAUGAUAGAACUAGACCUUGUCAGUUCAGAUGAUGAACUUUAGAGUUUACCAUAUAAUAUGCUAAGUGUUUGUAAUCAUCUGAUGUCCUGUUGUCUAAUACGGAGUAUAUUCUUUUUCCUCUUUCAUACAGUAAUUUCUUAGCUUGUUGAAAAAGAACUUUUACUCUUGUUACAAUGGUGCUAUAACUUGCACACCUAAUUGCAGGUGACUAAUAGCUGUUUAACCAA